CAUCGAUUGUUACGCAGGCCAACAGCUGUUUCUACUGAAAUCGGAAAUAAAUUCGGGAACUUUGAAGCGAGCCUGCAAUGUCGGCGUUUGUGAAAACCGUGGGCCUGGCCCAAAAGCUGUGCGCCGCCAAUCCCGCCGUGGCUCGCCAGGCGAUCCGCAGCAUGGCUGGCUGGAACAAGGACUUCAAGCCGGCACCCUAUCCACAGACGGAGAAGGAGCGCCUGGCGGCGGCCAAGAAGUACUACCUCCUGCCGGAGGAGUACAAACCGUAUGCGGACGACGGCCUGGGCUACGGCGACUAUCCCAAAGUGGGCGGCGGUCUGGGCGUAGAGGCCAAGGACACCUACUAUCCCUGGGACUAUCCGGAGCACAAGCGUAACCAACACGAGCCCAUCUCGGCGGAUCACGAUCUGUACAGCGAGGACCGCUGGUCGCAGGCAGAACAGCCACGCUACAAGAACUCGUACUACUUUGUCUGCUUCCUGGGCGUCAUGUCCGGCUGCCUGGCCCUCUACUACUGGCUGGAGGACAAGAAGAUGUACCGCCCUGUGGCCGCCAAGCAAUAUCCCGGCGAUGGCGUCAAGCACUACACCUUCGAGAAGUAGAGACAACAACAGCACCCUCCUCUCGAUCGCUCUGCGGGCCUCGUUUUUAUUUCAUAGGCAAUUAAUCAACGCAUCUGUACAAUUAAAAUGAAAAGAAACCAAGCUGAACUUGA